AUGACCGCCUCACAACCACACACAGCCCCCCGCAAGCGCAUCUGCGUGGGGGUCCUCGCUCUCCAAGGCGGCUUCCACGAACACCUCUCCCUCCUCCACCAGGCCGCCCAGCACCUUAAGUCUCUGUCUGUCGACUUCUCCUUCAUCCAGGUCCGCACCUCCGACCAGCUCGCCGCCUGCGACGCCCUCAUCAUCCCCGGCGGCGAGAGCACCACCAUCUCCCUCAUCGCCGCGCAGACGGACCUCCUGCAGAACCUCCGCGACUUUGUCAAAGUCCAGAAGAAACCGACCUGGGGCACCUGCGCCGGCUUCAUCCUCCUCUCCCAGCGCGCAAACGCCACCAAGAAAGGGGGCCAGGAACUCAUCGGCGGGCUCGACGUGUGCGUCCACCGGAACCACUUCGGCCGGCAGAUCGAGUCCUUCGAGGCCGACCUAGAUCUGCCGUUCAUCCCCUCGCCGGAAAAUGGGGAGAGGAGGCCCUUCCGCGGGGUGUUCAUCCGCGCGCCCGUGGUGGAGGAGGUGCUGGGCGACGGCGGAGUCGAGGUGCUGGCGACGCUGGAGAACCGCGUGGAUCGGAUGCGGGCCGGGCAGUCGCAGGCGCAGACAAGGGGGGGCUCGGGGGACAUCAUCGCCGCGAGGCAGGGGAAUGUGCUGGGGAUGAGCUUCCACCCCGAGUUGACGCAGGAUGCGAGGAUUCAUCAGUGGUGGUUGAGUGAGGUGGUGGCGCGGCGGUGA